AUGGCGGCCCCCGUGCUUCACACGCGGUUGCCGAGGGAUGCGGCAGCUUCGGCCUCUGCUGUUACCACGCUGGGCGCGUCGAGGACUGGGAUUUCAAAUAUGCUUGCAUUAGAGAAUGAUUUCUUCAAUUCUCCCCCAAGAAAAACUGUUCGGUUUGGUGGAACUGUGACAGAAGUCUUGCUGAAAUACAAAAAGGGUGAAACAAAUGACUUUGAGUUAUUGAAGAACCAGCUCUCAGAUCCAGACAUAAAGGAUGACCAGAUCAUUAACUGGCUGCUAGAAUUCCGCUCUUCUAUCAUGUACUUGACAAAAGACUUUGAGCAGCUUAUCAGCAUUCUGUUGAGAUUGCCUUGGUUGAAUAGAAGUCAAACAGUGGUGGAGGAGUAUUUGGCUUUUCUUGGUAAUCUUGUAUCAGCACAGACUGUCUUCCUUAGACCGUGUCUCAGCAUGAUUGCUUCUCACUUUGUACCUCCCCGGGUGAUCAUUAAGGAAGGUGAUGUAGAUGUUUCAGAUUCAGAUGACGAAGACGAUAAUCUUCCUGCAAAUUUUGACACAUGUCACAGAGCCUUGCAAAUAAUAGAAUAUGUCCCAUCGACUCCAUGGUUUCUUAUGCCGAUACUGGUGGAAAAAUUUCCAUUUGUUACAAAAUCAGAGAGAACAUUGGAAUGUUAUGUUCAUAACUUGUUGAGGAUAAGUGUUUAUUUUCCAACCUUGAGGCAUGAAAUUCUAGAGCUUAUUAUUGAAAAACUACUCAAGUUGGAUGUGACUGUAUCCUGGCAGGAUAUUGAAGAUGCUGAGGAGACACCAGCUCGAACUUCUGCUGGCACUGAUUCCACUGAAGGAUUGUUUAAUAUGGAUGAAGAUGAAGAAAAUGAGCAUGAAACAAAGGCUGAUCCUGAGCGGCUCUGUCAGAUGGCCCAUCCUGUAGCUGAGCGCCUGGACAUCCUGCUGUCCAUGCUUUUGUCUUACAUCAAGGAUGUUUGCUAUGUGGAUGGUAAGAUUGAUAAUAACAAAACAAAGGAUUUAUAUCGAGAUCUGAUAACCAUCUUUGACAAGCUCCUGUUGCCCACCCAUGCCUCUUGCCAUGUACAGUUUUUCAUGUUUUACCUCUGUAGCUUCAAAUUGGGAUUUGCAGAAGCAUUUUUGGAACAUCUAUGGAAAAAAUUACAGGAUCCAAAUAAUCCUGCCAUCAUCAGGCAAGCUGCUGGAAAUUACAUUGGGAGCCUUUUGGCAAGAGCUAAAUUUAUUCCUCUUAUCACUGUAAAAUCAUGCCUUGAUCUUUUGGUUAACUGGCUGCAUGUGUACCUUAACAACCAGGAUUCGGGAACAAAGGCUUUUUGUGAUGUGUCUCUCCACGGACCAUUUUAUUCAGCCUGCCAAGCUGUGUUCUAUACUUUUGUUUUUAGACACAAGCAGCUUUUAAGUGGAAAUCUGAAGGAAGGUUUGCGGUAUCUUCAGAGUCUAAAUUUUGAACGAAUAGUGAUGAGUCAACUAAACCCUCUGAAGAUUUGCCUGCCAUCAGUGGUUAACUUUUUUGCUGCUAUCACAAAUAAAUACCAGCUUGUCUUCUGCUACACUAUCAUCGAGAGGAACAGUCGUCAGAUGCUCCCAGUUAUUAGAAACACAGCUGGAGGGGACUUGGUGCAGACCUGCACCAACCCGCUGGACACCUUCUUCCCCUUUGACCCUUGUGUGCUUAAGAGGUCAAAGAAAUUCAUUGAUCCUGUUUACCAGAUAUGGGAAGACAUGAGUGCUGAGGAGCUGCAGGACUUUAAGAAACCCAUUAAGAAGGAGAUGGUAGAAGAUGAAGAUGAUGAUUUUUUGAAAGGUGAAGUGCACCAGAACGAUACAGUGAUUGGGCUUACGCCGAGCUCCUUUGAUGCCCAUUUCCGAAGUCCUUGCAGUAGUGUGGGGUCCCCUCCUGUGUUAUACAUGCCAGACCAGUCCCCUGUGAUUGCAAAGAUCUGUGAUUGAGACACUGUGCUACCCAUUAUGCCUGUCAGUGCCCAGGAUGAGCCUCUUGGGCAUUGCAGUGGAGUAGAGUAUGUGCCCAGGCAUCACACUUGAAGUUAGACUCUGUCUAACUUCAACAGGCAUGGUUGUUGUUUUGUUUUUUGCCCCCCGUACAGAGAAAGGAAAAGACUGAAUAUCAUGUGUAAUAUUUUACAUGGGGUUAAUAUGAAGAGUGCUCGUUAGUUUACUGUGUUACAGCUUUUUGACAUAAUCGUUGUGUAAUUUCUAAUGUUGGUAACAGCCUGUUUUAACAGAUGGCUGUUUUAACAUGGGUUUCUGUCAAAAUCACAGUCACAGGACUUUGUUUAUCUGACGUGAAAAAUCCUCUAAGAUAACGCUAUUUAAGUAGGAUGUGUUUAUUUUGGUUGUGUUGUUUACUGUCUGCUGUUUUGUGUGUUGGGGUGCAGAGAAGAUGGACGGGAAGCAGGGAAAUGCCAGAGUGAGGCUAGGAUGCCGAGUUUGGGCCAGUACUGAAGGAGCUCUCCAGGGACUUCAGUGACACAUACGGCCAGGAGGGAAGAGUUAGAGGAUGCAGGAAAUCAGAGUCAGACAAGUAAUAUACUUGUGGAGUACAAAAUGGAUUUGAAAGAAAAAUGGAGGUCCGGAUAAAUGUAAUGCACGCUAAGUGGACGGGGCUUCGGCUCCUGUGAAACACAUCCAGUGUCUGUGAAAGCUGGAACUGCUUGUUUGCAGCAGUUGCACCGACUUGGUUUUAACUAGCAUCAGUUAGUUUUUUUCAGAAGUUUUUUAUUUUUAAGGUGUAGGGGAGGUCCUAGGGUUUGAUCUCUGGGCCUCGGGCUUUCGAGGCAGGUGCUCUACCACUUGAGCUACAUCCCCAAGGAAAACUUUUUUUUUUUUUUUUUUUUCAU